UGUACCAAUUAAAAAAGGCGUUUCGUCGAGUUUUUAAGGCCAUGUAAUAAUUCGAAAACCACUAUUAUAUUUAAUCACUUGCUUAGAGUUGAACUGGAAACACAACGGUAGACAAGCUUUUAGUGAAUUGCAAAUUCGUAUCUUCAGAUAGAUUUCCGCCGUUUGUUUUCAGGCGGGCUGCGCAUCACCUCACAUCACAACAACAUGCCUCUUACACAAAUACAGACUUUCUAGGUGCCCUUUAUGUUUUUAACUUAAAGUUUUUUGAUUGGUGGUUGUUCGCUGCAUAACUUUCAGUAUAUAGUACAAAAGGUUGUAGAAAAAUACUGCAGUAGUGUCAGUGUUUGGUUGUGUAACGUUAUUCAUAGCGCAAAAAGUGCGAUUUUAUUCUUUCUUUUUGAUCUAAAUUAUGGACCGGCCUUCCAGAAAUAGGAAAGCUGUAGACUACUCAGUCUUCCAAGACAAUGACGAUGAGGACUUUGCCUGUGAGAAACCUCCUCCCAAAAAAGCUCGAACAGCUGUCAGAGACCUUGAUUCAGAAAGCAACCGCAAGUCUACAAGUGCAUCUCCAAAUGAAGUUGUUGAUCUCACCAGCUCAGGAAGCAAAAAGAGGACGUUUCUGGAUGAUAAACUUUAUGAAAGAGAUUUGGAGGCAGCUUUAACUUUGUCAUUGCUGGACUCUUCAAGAACACAAGACGGAGAGCCUACAACCAAAACAGAAGAUUGUGACGCGUCUCAGCCUGUUCAAUGCUCUCCACCUGUUCUGAUACACUGCAGUGCUGAUGGAAGCCAAUUUGUAGGUGACAGUCAUCCCCAUCCAGAUUGUCCUCCAGUGCUGUCAAACUGUAGCAUUGAUGACAGAAGUUUAGGUAAAGCAGGACUGAAUCUGAUCAGCGUGGACGCCUCCCCUCCCAGUGUUUCCAAACAGACUGAAGCCUCAGAAAAGCAGAGAAAACCACUAAAGAAGAAGGACAACAAAGACGAUGAGGACUACCAGCUGCAAAACACCCCAGAUUCAGAGAGUGAUGCAGACUUCACUGAAGAAGAGGAAAGUGAAGACGAGACAUUCACAAUGAAGAAGAAAAAGGUGGUGAAACAAAAGACAGAACAAAAGGCCCCACCUCCUGUGAAGGACAAGAAGGAAAAGAAAGAGAAAAAGCCCACGAAAGCUAAAAGCUCGGCUCCCAGCCCAACGCUAUGUCGAAGUCCAGCUGCUCCUGUGUCUGGACUGAAGAAGACGCCCAAUACUCCACCUGUCUCUAAACCUGCACUCUGCUCCAGUCCUGCAGGGGGCAGACUGCCUAAGUGGAAUCCCCCUGGUCUGGUUGGCCGAAUUCCCGGUGCAUCCCAGAAUGCAUCUGUGAAGUCUCCUGGACAGGGGCUGCGCUUAGGACUUUCCCGUCUGGCUCGAGUCAAACCCCUUCACCCUAAUGCUGCUGUGAAUUAAACAGACUAAACAAACAAUGUAAUGAGAAGCUGCACAGCGCUUUUUGGGAACACUUAAUCCAUCUUUAGGUUUCCAUGGCAGAAAAGAAAUGGUAAAAAUGGUCUAUUUUCUGACAUUUUUCCAUAAUUUUAAGGCCUUUCAUCCCUCACUUACAGUAAUAUGUAGGGAAUAAAUUACUUUUUGUUGUCACUGUAAUAUUUUUGAAUGUUUUUGUGUGGUGUUUUAGCUUUGUAAAUAUGCACUUUUUGAUGAACAUUAAAGACUGUGUAAUAUGUUAAAA